CAGCCUCAUCCAUCCAUCCAUCCAUCCCUCCAAGAAAACACCACGUAUCACCAUCGACACGUGACUGACAAGCAGAGGUAGCUUGAUCGAUGGACCCCAGCAGGCUGCUCGCCGCCGUCGUGCUGCUGGCCCUGGCCCUGGUCGCGCCGGCGCCGGCGUCCGGGCAGGCCGCGUCAUGCACGGCGUCGCUCGUGUCCAGCUUCACGCCGUGCCUCAGCUACAUCACCAACGGCACCGGCUCGUCGCCGUCGCCGUCGCCGUCGCCCACGGCGGGCUGCUGCCGGUCCCUGUCGGCGCUGGUGAACGCCAGCGCGGGCUGCGCGUGCCUCCUCCUCACCGGCAGCGUGCCGCUCGGCGUGCCCGUCAACCGGACGCUCGCCGUCACCCUGCCCAGGGCCUGCAACUCCAUGGCCGUCCCGCUCCAGUGCAAAGAUGCGUCGGCCCAGCUCCCGUCCCCGGCUCCGGCACCGGCUCCGGGCCCCGUCGCGGCGGCGGCCUCUCCCGUCAUGCCCCCGCUGCCCCCCGUGGCGCCCUCGCCGGAGUCGCCGUCGGGAACCACCGUGGCGCCGAGCCCGAGCCAGGGGCAGACGAGGCCACAGACGGCACCCAGCGCCGGCUCUGCCUGGAGAGACGGUGCUCGCGUGCCUCCCGUGUUGGUGGUGAUCCUCGCAGUCGGAGCCAUGCUGGUUUGAGUUUGAGCUUGAGCUGGGCAAGCACUCGUCGUUGCUGCGAUACGUGUUUAUUAUUUAUUGUGAAUUGGCUGUGCUUGUUUGGUACUAGGAGAGUGUACAUUGGCUAUUUUUAUGUAUACACAUUCUUUUGGUUGUGAAUUCAUCCCUCUCUCAAAAAUAAAUAAUAUAUAUACGGAUUGUUGAUUGUAA